AUGGCAGGCUCACAAGCAAGAAACGACCGCGUACCAUGUGGUGGCUGCAACCAGGUCUUCAACCGCCGGGCAGACAUGGAGCGACAUCACGAAUUGAAACACAAAGGGAAAAGAUAUUAUUGUGAAAUUGGGAACUGCGACUACAGUGCCGGGAGAGCUUAUACGAGGAACAGCCAUAGAGAGAAGAAGCACCCGGAUGCUUAUAGUUUUACUCUCCAAAUUCCCAGCGAUACAGAUGGUGGGCAAAGCAGCAAUAACCAAAAUGGCGUGGCUUAUAUGGAAGAACCCUUGGAUUCUUCAGGGUCCCGUAUGCCUCUCAUGGGUAAUUCUCCAAUGCCCCACUACGGCUCUUCCACGCCUGGUAGUUCAACUCAAGGAGAGUUUUCAGAGUCGCCGAUCAACUACGAGAGUUAUCAGGCACAAGAAUAUCAGGGAGGAGAAUCCUAUCAGUAUCAAGCAGCCAGCUCGUCGGACCAAUACGGAAAUCAAUCAUAUGGAGGCGAAUCUACCCAUCAAUACCAGAAUGGCUACGGUGGCUCGCAUGACCAAACCAGUCAAUGGAAUGCUAACCAGACAUCUGGGAGAUAUAGUUACUAA